AAUUUUGCAAAAUCAUUUUAAAUUAUUCUUUUAUAUAUAAUGAGCACACUACAUGAAUAUUUCCUGAAAAACUAUACUAUUUUUAAUAGAAAUCAAAUUUAAAGUUUGAAUUUUUAGAACCGCGCCAAAAACGCUAUUCCUGUGAUGGCGCCGGCAGAUGACGUCUGUGACGUCACACGCCAGUAAACACGAUCACGAGCUGUCAGCCGAAGUUAAUUUCAUUAUUGUGCUUGAUUUUGCUAUAAAAUCAUAGAUAAAAUGGUCAAUAAAUGGUGUGUAGUGCAAAAAUGUACGAAUACGCGUAUAAAUAGUCCACAAACAUUGUUUGUUUCUGUUCCAACCGAUUGUAAAAGACGACAAAAAAAGUGGUUACUAUUAACUCGGAGAGACCCAAAGGGCAUUUCAUCGACUUCAAAUGUAUUUAUGUGUGUAGAUCACUUCGAUAUGGAAAAAGGCACCAUUAACUACAUGCAGUACAAAAUGGGUUUCAGCAAGAAGAUACUUUUGACAGAAGAUGCUGUGCCAACAAAAUUUCACUGUCAAGAAGAUCGUAAAAGACCACUGUCUGAUGCUGGACUUUCUCGAGGAGCAUAUGUCAAGAGGAAAAGAAUGGAUUUGGUCAACACAUGUUUGCAAAGUCAAAAUGCUACUGAAGCCCAAGCUGAAAGCUUACAAAAAGAUGAGAAUUUGAUACAAGACAUUAUUGAACCUCAAGGUUUAUCAAGAACUCAAGACAGAGAAACUAUUACCAACUCUAUCAUAACUGCAGAAAAAUCUGUGCAAGUAACAAUAAAAGAGAAUGUGCAUCAUAGGAGCAAAUCUGUGCAAACAAGAUGCCAGACUACAAGUAUUUCUACCUCACCAAUGAAAGUUUAUACAACAUCUCGUUCCACUUCGCCCUUUAAGAUUAAACCAUGCAGUCUUCGACCAUCACAGUCUGAAAUUGUCAAAGCAGUCAAGAGAAAUGUUUUUCUUGAAGAUAAAAAGUCAGAUAGUGAUAUUUCCUGUAUUGAAAGUGGUCGCCAUUUAUCACCUUUUGUAACUAAAUCAGCAUCAUCAUCAUCAGGGCUUACCGACUCUGAUAGUAAUAUUACAGAUGCCAAUGAGAAUAUUGAAAAAUUAGAGUGCCUCAAAAUUACUAUGCGUUCAAUCUCUAUCUAUCUCUAUCUAUCUCCCCAAUGAUGUAUGUUGGUAUUCCAAAAGAAUGUUAUUUCUUAAUCAAAUUGUUACAUAAACACACAAGCAUAAAAGUAGAACACAUUUUGCUAUGCUUGACAAAGAUUAGAAUGAACAGUACAUUUUCUGAACUGGAGGAUAAUUUUGGAAUAUCAUUAUCUUAUGCUAGUAUUUGU